AUGCUCCGAGGUAAACUUCGAACAACACAUGACACUAUCCGACCACAGAAAAGGCGUGACACCAGCUUAUCCGUCAAGGAUCGAGUUUACAUUGCUGCGGUUCGCUCCAUACUACUACAUGGAUCAGAAACCCAGCCGUUGCGCUCUGAGGACACCCAAAGAAUUUCAGUGUUUGACCAUCGACGUCUUCAGAGCAUUGCCCGAGUCUGGUGGGAACACCGGAUCAGCAACGCUGAAUUUUUCGCCUGUAGUUUUAAAGAGGUUCCGAAGGCCGUGGCUUUUUACUGCGGUAGACCGGCGCUUUACCUUACCGCAAACGGAUGGGAACUGGAUCAGUUUACGGACUGUUUGAAUACAAAAAGUGACAUUGUUAACUUCUGUCGUCGAGUGUAUCCGGACGCUAACAUCACGAACGCUUCCUUCUCUCCUGUUGUUGAUAUCCUACUCAGAGGAUGGUGUCAUCAACAGAACUCUAGCUGUUCCUUGGAAGAAUCGUCAGUUUACCGCAUACAACCUUGGAUUUGUUCAGCCCAAAAGCCUCCACUAAAUGUUCCCCGAGGGUGCCAGUUGAAGGAGUUUGGUGGGAGUAGCAAUGCAACUUGUAGAAAGUCUGAAUACUGGAAGCAUUUGGUGUCGGAACACUGUAUGCGGUUGCGACAAGUGGAGUACAUCAAACCAUGUAUCAAGCCGGAUUCAUACCUUCAUACCCACUACUUGGGAGUUCUGGCUGUUUGCUGUGCGAUUAAAAAGGGAAAAGGUGUUGUCACUACAUCCCCACCCAGUCCGGCAAUUCAGCCAUCCAAAUCCAACUUUUCCUUCCCACUUCCGAUAUCAUCGAAAUCGGAUGACAGUCUCAUCAUCGAUCAGAACGUAGCAAUCUAUCAGGGUUAUCUCAAUCAGCUAACUGCAACUACGACAAUGGGAACGAUCGCAGAGCCCGACAAAUCACGCGAGAAGCAGCGAUACAGUAUCGCCAAGAAAGCCGGUCACGAAGCCUACCACAGACGAAAGCACAUAUUGGAACAGGAACUAGCUGAGGCGGAAGCGCAGUUUUCAGACAUGGAUUGGAUCCGUAAUCCGGAACAAACACAGAAUGCCGAGAAUCGGUUGCAUAAGGAAUUUAGACAGAAAUACUUGGCGUUAGAUCAGGAAGCUCGGGCGAUAGACCAUGACUUACUGCUCACUCACCAGCAACGUGUUUCACAUUCUGUGGGGAAGCGCUUUGAAGCUGCCGCCUUGGCCUGGGAUAACGCAGUUCGUAACGCACCGUCGAACCUCACGCAACUUCUCAGUGCCAUAGAACAUUUGCAACGUGUUGUUGAACGGGAUCGGUACCAUUUGAUCCGACGAUGGGAGCAUUUACAAGCGACCGACCCUUUGGAGGCCAGUCGUGUCCUGAGCAACUUACGUGGACGACUGGAUGAUGUGGAGAGGCAGUUCAAUCGGAGUCUGGAAAAGUUGGAUCAGGUCCCACUGUUGAAAGAUGCUAUUUUACACCAUGUGGCACAACUGCGUGAUAGGGAAUAUCCGCAGCUAGACGCAAUGGUCAAAUCUUUACACCACGUAAGCAUGCCGGAAGCGGAUGGGGUUCUGCUCCCCACAGCUGACCAGGAGGCGGCGUUGGAAGCGGAAACUAUAAUUGCAAAGUACCGUCAUCACCUACCCAAGUUGGAUCUGGAUAAUAAGUCGGGCAAGACAAACACCAAACCAGAAGGAAAUAAAUUCGCGUCGAAAAUAACACGAAUUGGAGAAGCGUUCAGUUCCUGUUCAUCAUUGCAGGUCCCACUGUUGAAAGAUGCUAUUUUACACCAUGUGGCACAACUGCGUGAUAGGGAAUAUCCGCAGCUAGACGCAAUGGUCAAAUCUUUACACCACGUAAGCAUGCCGGAAGCGGAUGGGGUUCUGCUCCCCACAGCUGACCAGGAGGCGGCGUUGGAAGCGGAAACUAUAAUUGCAAAGUACCGUCAUCACCUACCCAAGUUGGAUCUGGAUAAUAAGUCGGGCAAGACAAACACCAAACCAGAAGGAAAUAAAUUCGCGUCGAAAAUAACACGAAUUGGAGAAGAUGACAGCACCAAUGGGGACCAAUCAAAGCCUCCAACUCCCCGAUGGGACUUACACGUCAGCGCCUAUGAUGCUACACCAUCUGCUUUUGGACCACAACACGCCAAGCAGGACACGCUUUUGAUUAACGACACCCGGUCAUCUCAGCCGGCAGCUAACACUCAAACGAAGCACACUCAUCCAUCCCAACCUCAGGGGCUUGGUACGGUGACCAAAUGGUUCUUAGCCCUGACAGCCGUUUUUGGCAUUCUCAUUGCUACACUGUUCGUAUUACGAUAUCGAAUACGGCGGGCUCGACUGCACCGUGCUGGUUACUCGUGCACCGUGGCGGAGGUAGACGAAAUCACUGCCGUGGAUGUAACCGGUGUGGACCAAACUGUAGGCCUGCACGACGAUGAAGCAGACCGACUGGUCAACUGGCGUUUCAAUGGCUAUGAGAAUCCUGCUUACAAAUAUCCGGACAAUGUUGUCCGAUUUCCACGAGCCUAGAUGCACCACCAUCCUCAUCGGCUCAUCGACAAUAGUCUCUUUAUUUAUCUUUUUCCACUUCUCAUCAGUGCUCAUUUCUUCUCUGUCUCUUUAGUUUUGAUUUCACAAUGUUCAUUCACUUUUUUGUUUAUUGUAUAGAAAGGACACGUCAGUAGUUAUAACUACAACCACUCGCAUGCCUUAUCCAUACAAUCGUGACCGACCUAUUCCUGUACACCAGCAGUUUUUUUCUAUAUUUUACGGACGCAUGUCAAUAUUACUUCCAUGCAUUUAGAAAAGCCAGUAUACCAA